UCUACACAUGUUAGUGACCAGUGGAUCCAGAUUCUUCAAAUUUUUAUUUUCUCAAUAAAUAUAAUAUGGUUUUGCAUUUUUUUUAUUGUAACAUUUCUCAACUCCUACUGGCUACAACUGACAGAAUUUCUCAUCUCCUAUUGGCUACAAUUAACAGAAGCAGCACUAAUGUCCUAAAUGUAUGGUUGAAGCUUGAUAGCACCUUGUUCUUAAUGAGAUUGAGUAGGCUUCUGGCUUUUCCUGCUCAGUCUAGACAAGAAGGUUCUUCUUUUCAAUUUCUUGGAAGUAAAACACCAAAAUCUGCUACUGAAGAGAGAGAGGGAGAGAGAGAGUGAUAGCUUCUUGGUGAAUAAUUAGUUUAUAUCUUGCAAAGGAAUUAGGGUUUCAGAUUCUUGAAAGUCAAAAGUUUUAGUCUUUAUGGAUGAUCCUCUAAUCGAAGCAACUCCAGUUGCCGUGACUGGAUUCAGAUUUGGUGCACACACUAUAAGUAGUGAAUCUGCUUCAUCUUCCGAAGAUUCUGCAGAUAACAAUGAUUUCUCUAAUGCUGUUCUUAAGUACAUAAGUGAUAUACUCAUGGAAGAAGAAUUAGACAGUAAAAAUUGUAUAUUGCAGGACUGUUUAGCCCUGCAAGCUGCAGAAAAAUCCUUGUAUGAUGUUCUUGGUCAGAAAUAUCCUCCUUGGUCGGAUCAAAACACUCGAACUGAUUCCAUCAACUUGGUUGAAUCAAGUUGGAUGUUCGAUCAAACUGAAUUUGAAUUCUCUCAUACUCUAAAUCAUCCUGGCCACUGUCUUGAAAAGAUUCUCCAGGUACCAGAUUUAUAUAGUGAAUCAUUUCAAAUUAGUACUAGUUCUUUGAUUCUAUCAGAAUCUGAAGAGAAAGAUUGUUUCUUCUUGAAUGGUUUGAGGGAGAGGAAACAUCAUGACCGCGAAGCAAACGGCUAUUCUGAAGGGAGAAGCAACAAGCACUCUGCAUAUUCUUUUGAAAAGCAAGAGGAAACAGAAAUAUUCGAUGAGGUGUUGCUCAAUGAUUCUCCAUCUGUUUGUAAUUCAACACAGAAUGGAAGUGAUACAAAGAUGAAAAAUGGUAAGCACACAAAAGGGUCUAAUGGUCGAAAAGGUCGGUCAAAGAAAAAUAGCAGUAAAAAAGAAAUAGUAGAUUUAUGGACUCUCCUACCUCAGUGUGCACAAGCAGUUGCCAGUGAUGAUCAAAGAACUGCAAAAGAUCUACUGAGGCAAAUAAGGCAGUAUUCUUCUCCAUUUGGUGAUGGAAAUCAAAGAUUAGCACAUUUUUUCGCCAACGGGUUAGAAGCAAGGUUAGCCGGCAUUGGAACACCUGGAUAUACACCAGCAGUAAAUAGUACAACAGGAGCUGCUGAUAUGCUAAAAGCUUAUCAUAUCUAUAUCUCAACAUGCCCUUUUCAAACAAUGUCACAUCUUUAUGCAAAUCAAACUAUAAUGAAACUAGCAGAAAAAGUAACAAGGCUACAUAUAAUUGAUUUUGGCAUUCUUUAUGGAUUUCAGUGGCCUUGCCUUAUUGAGCAUCUGUCAACAAGAACUGGCGGACCCCCGAAAUUGUGUAUUACAGGAAUUGAGUUUCCUCAACCUGGUUUUAGGCCUGCAGACAGAGUCGAAGAAACAGGCCGGCGAUUAAGAAAAUAUUGUGAGAGAUUUCAUGUCCCAUUUGAAUACCAUGCCAUAGCACAAAAAUGGGAAAGUAUUCAAUAUGAAGAUUUCAAGAUUGAUAGAGAAGAACUGAUUGUUGUUAACUGUUUGUAUCGGUUAAAGAAUCUUCCUGAUGAUACAAUGGUAGUCAAAAGUGUUAGAGAUAAAGUUCUAAACCUGAUGAGACAGAUUAAUCCUCAUAUUUUCAUUCAUGGAGUUGUUAAUGGUACUUAUAAUGCACCUUUCUUUCUUACUCGUUUUCGAGAUGCAUUGUUUCAUUUCUCAGCAAUGUUUGAUUUGCUUGAUGCUACAAUUCCUCGCGAAGAACCUGAAAGACGCAUGUUUGAGGAAGAGAUAUUUGGAAGGUAUGCAAUGAAUGUGAUUGCUUGUGAAGGUGGGGAGAGAGUUGAAAGGCCAGAAACAUAUAGACAAUGGCAAGUUAGAAAUGGAAGGGCUGGAUUUAGGCCGCUCCCACUAGAUAAGGAGAUUAUGAAAAAAGUUAUAAGUACAGUCAGAUCAAAUUACAAUAGCAACUUUGUUGUUGAUGAAGAUAGUCACUGGAUGCUGCAAGGAUGGAAGGGUAGAAUAAUUUAUGCACUUUCUGUUUGGAAACCUGCAUAUGAUUGAAUUUUCUUUAUUGCAAAUCCACUAGUCUUGUAAUUUUCUGGAUUUGUAUUCCUUCAAGAGUGGAUUCUCUUUAGGACUUCAACUUUCUUUUUCCGAGGGUAAUUAGUUGUUAACUGUUAGUUGCUUUAAUAGCGUUUAAUUAUUUUAGUAGCUAGUAGCUAUUUGAAUAGCUUUUUAUAAACCGCUAAAAAGUAAAAUGUAUGUCAUAGGAGUUAACUUUUUAUCA